AUGUCCGACGCAGCCCCCGAACACGCCUUGUUGAGAUACCGCUACGAAGCCCUCUUUGGCGUGUGGCUUGUGGUGACUGGGACGACGUUUCUUCGCAUUGCUCGGCAACCGUACAGCUCGCGCUUGAAGCUGGAACAGUAUGAGAGCAUCUUCAAGGGAACGUCGCUCAGUGCUGUGCUGCUUGGGAUUGGUAUUGCACCGGACAAAGGGCUUGGCGUCCCCGCAUGUUCACAUGUCAUCGACAGCUCGGCAUCCAUUGUUCUAUUCAGUCGAUGCACCGCCCAAGUGUUCAUCCAUCUGGCUUCUCGCAGUGCCAAAUUCAAAAUGUGGAAUCCGCUGUACGCGUUUGCACCGCUGGUGCUGGUGGUGGUCUCCAUCCCUCUUGCCAUCUUCGCCAUGGCUACGACAUCAAUCGCCGUGUCCCUGCUAUCGUUACGCGCAAUGGCCGUUUAUAUCCAGCUGGGCACGGCUGUUGUGGGCGCUUGGUUACAGCCUCCAUCGACUAAACAAACUUCGUUUCUGUAUCGAUCCUCGCCGCCCUCCCCCGAACGCGCAUCACCACCCCGUCAACGCACUCGUCGCAGCAGCAGUGUGAGCAUCGUGUCUUCACUCGACUCAGCCGCUCUUGCUUCACACACACCGCGUCCUGCUAAGAAGAAUGGGUCGUCUGCUGCCCUCGUCGGGGGCAGCGAGCUGACAAGGGACUUUGAAGGCGUGGGCGGUUGGCGGGUGCCCGGCGGUGAGGAUGAAGAAGCGUUGUGGAUGGGUAUCAACUCGCGAUUACGGCUACCAGCUGACUCAUUGAAUCGUCGACACCAGCGUAGCCACACUGGAAGCGCAAGCCCCAGCCACCGAUGGACUUGGAGCCCUGAGGCGUUUCGCAUGAGCCCUGUGCAGAGCAGGGCACGCACACCCGUGAGGAUUGCUGCUGAGGACGGCGGUGACUAUUUUCCGCCGCAGCCGUAUUCGAGUUUGCGCCCUCUGAGCAGUGCAUCAGAGCCAGUGAAGCAGCACCAUCGGAGAAAGAGCGGGAGUGGAAGCAGUUCGUCGAGCGUUGGCCUGAUGAUGGCCGUGAAAGAGGUCGGCGAGUGA